AUGCACCCGUUUCCGAUUCGUGUUUUAGUAGUUUCACCGACGAGUGAGGAAUCGGUAGUUUCCAGUUCGAUCAACACGAUCUGCAAAGAGAUCCAUGAUCUUGGAGCGACUGCGAUCUUAACUCAUUCUUUCCAUGAUGCAUAUAAUGAGUUAAAAGAAACUAUAGAUAUAGCAGCUAUAUUAAUGGAUUGGGAUAUGGAUUAUUCCAAGUGUAAAAAGUCGAUGAGACAAUUUCUCUUUCCCAAAACGACUCAGAUUUACGAUCACAAAGUUUUAGUUCUCCCGGGAACGGAACUUUCGCCUUUCCAGGCCAAAACGCCAUUAAUGAAAUUAGAGGCUGACGGAUUGAAUCUUGUCGUUCCGCGGUCCUAUCCGAAUGAGAAGAUCGCCGAAAUGCAACAAUUAAAAACGCAAGAGGAGUUAAUUUUGUUUAUGGAAAAAGAGCAUUUGAAAGUUGUCCCAUCACCUUUGAAUGUGAUUCGGACCUUUAAGAAUAUUAAUAGAAAAAUAUUAAUAUUUUUAUAUACAGAGAAACUAGUUGUCGAGCGCCUUCCCGUCCAAGUCUUAGAAUCGAUCGAAGCGUAUUUGUGGAAAGGUGAAGAGACUCCGACCUUUGUAGCGAAGCGAAUAGUCACGCAGUCCUACGAAUACAUUGAAGACAUUUUACCACCAUUCUUUAAAGCCUUAGUGAAGUAUGUGAAUCAAGGGAAGUAUUCAUGGCAUUGUCCUGGGCAUAUGGGGGGUGUUGCUUACUUACGUAGUCCACCUGGGAAGUUUUUCUUUGAUUUCUUUGGGGAGAAUAUGUUAAUAGCUGACUUAUGUAAUGCUGUUGGGGAGUUAGGAGGGUUACUCAAUCACUUUGGUCCCAUUGGAGAAGCCGAGAAAUAUGCUUCUAAAGUGUUUGGGAGUGAUUUCUCUUAUUUUGUAUUAAAUGGGACAUCUACAGCAAAUAAGAUGGUAUUCCAAGGGACUACAGUAUCUGGGGAUGUAGUUGUUUUAGAUCGAAAUGCACACAAAUCGUCGAUGCAAGCUAUUAUGUUAGGAGGUCUUAAGCCCUUCUAUGUAGUUCCUGUGAGGAACAAAUAUGGUAUAAUUGGACCCAUUCCCUUCACUGAAUUUAAUGUGACAAACAUCAUUAAACAAGGCAAACGCCUUCCUUAUAUGACACAACAAGACUUAACAAAAGGGAUUAAGUUAAUGGUGUUAACACAAUGUACAUAUGAUGGGAUCUGUUAUAAUGUUGCUAAAGUCUGUCAAAGUUUGUCACAUUUAGAUGCGCAGAAUAUGUUAUUUGAUGAGGCAUGGUUCCCUUAUGCUCAUUUCCAUCCAUUCUAUGCGUCUUACCAUUCGAUGAAUAAAGACUACUUUGAAAAGAUGAACGAGAAGUUGGAAGAAGACUCUAUUUUCCAUGGAAGCUCAGUGUUACAAGACUUGGAUGAGGACGAAGAAGGCGAUGAAGUUGUGAAGAGGUCGACCACUCCUUCGAAUUAUAAAGGUGUCAUCUAUGCCACUCAAAGUACUCAUAAAGUGCUUGCAGCGCUCUCGCAAUGUUCUAUGGUCCACGUCAGAAACUCUAAGGACCCAUUCCAGUUUGAUCGCUUUAACACGUACUUCCAAGCGAAUACUUCGACUUCGCCGCAAUACUCUUUAAUUGCGUCGUUAGACAUGUCAUCUGCUAUUAUGGAUAUCUCUGGGGAGUCUAUAGUAGAUGAUGUCUUAAAAGAAGUCAUAUCAUUCCGGUGUGCGAUCGAGCGUGUGAAAGUCGAGUUUAAAGAGUCAGGGGAAGGGUGGUUCUUUGGGUGUUGGCAGCCUCGGGACAUUUUGAGUGGGAAGAAUGACAUUUAUGACAAGAAUUAUUGGGUCCUUCCCCCAAGUGGUCCAGAAGCGUGGCAUGGGUUCCCUAAUAUAGGAAAGAAUCAAUACUUAUUAGACCCAUUGAAAGUGAAUAUCUUAACUGUUGAUGAAGAUGCGAAUAUUGAGAUACCAGCGUGUGUAGUGUGUAAGUUCUUAGCAAUGAAUGGGAUUAUAAUGGAGAAGAUGGGGUAUUAUACAAUGCUUUCAUUGUUCUCUAUUGGAAGUAGAAGAGGGAAAUCAGCUACUUUAAUCACCGCGUUGAUUCAAUUCAAGAAGAUGUAUGACAGUAAUACUCAAUUGAAGUAUGUCUUCACUAGAGAACACAACUUGGAGUUCGAAAACGUCGGGCUCAAGGACUUCUGCGACAUGAUGAAUCCAGAAAUCAAGAAAAUGCAGGAAAUGGAGAACGAAGUCUACUCCGGAAAGCUCCCCGAUGUCAAGUGUUUGCCUUAUGAAGCUUCUUGCGCUUUAAUUAAUAACAACGUCGACUGGGUCCCCGUCGAAAAUUUGACGGGAAGAGUCAGCGCGUUACUCGUGGUCAAUUACCCACCGGGAAUACCUACUGUAAUGCCUGGCGAAAUCUUCGAUCAAGUCCAUACCGACUUAAUGGUCGCUCUUGCUCAUUUCGAAGAAAAGUGGCCGGGGUACGAAUUCGAAGUCCAUGGCUUGGUCGCUAAGAACGGGAAGUUCUUUAUCCCUUGCUUAAAACAGUAA